GCGCCGCUUGGCGUGGUGGCGGAAGCUCGCAUCUCGAGUUUGGGAUGGGGCGAUGCGGGGCUCGCUCGGCGGGCGCGCUGUGCGCGGGCCAAAGGCUCGCCGACGCGUCCCAGGCGUGCGGAGUAGGCGACCCCGUGAUCGACGAGGCGUUGGUGGUGGCACGCGGCGACGGCGGCGGCGGCGGCGACGGCGGCGGCGGCGGCGGCGGCGGCGGCCAGAAUUACACCGAGGAGCAGCUCCUGCAGAUGGACGAGGACAAACGAACGCGCGGACGAUGGUAACACCCUCGAGGUCUCUCGGAGCACACCUCAGCAUUGCCUCUCAUAGGACGCGCUGCUGCAGAUGGUGUUGCAGCAGAGCGCCGUCGAGGCGGGCCUCGCCGCGCCGGCGGCGUCCGCGCCGCCGCCGCCGGUGCUCGCGACGCAGGUGCCGCCGAGCGCGCAGCUCGAGCACGAUGCGCCACCCAUCGUCGCCGAAGUCGACUGACCCUGUCGUGUGUUGCACAGUGAUCGUGGGGCGGGCGCGCGCGCUUGGUGUGGUCUUUUGCUCUUGGUGUGUUUGUCACACCUUAAAGGAACAGAGAGUGUUCGUUUUU